UCCCGGGGCGCGCCGCGCGCGCGCGCGCCAGAGCGAGUGUGCGCGGGCGCGCGGGCGCCCGCGAUCCCGAGAGGAGGCUCCGAGCGAGUGGGUCCUCGCGGCGCAGCCCGCUCCUCCGCGCCCUAUGUGAGGGAAUCGGGGAGGCCAGCGGCGCGCAAGGGAGGGCGAGGCAUGUGCUCGGGCCGGGGGGUGCUGCAGCCGCCCGAGGAAGAGGAGGACGGCGGCGGCGGCGGCGGCGAGGAGGAGAGUGCGGGGCUCGCGGCGGCGGGCCCGGGCCGAGGGGAUGCAGCGGACUAUGUGUGUCUGGCUGUAGCUGACGCGAGGCGGCGAGGAGGCGCCGGAGACCCGCGAGAGGGGCGACGAGGCGGCGGCGGCGGAGACUGCAGCCCUGAAAUGCAUUUUCUCCUCCAGCGGCCAUGUUAACCAGGAAACCUUCGGCCGCCGCUCCCGCCGCCUACCCGACGGGCCGAGGAGGGGACAGCGCCAUUCGUCAGCUUCAGGCUUCCCCGGGGCUCGGCGCGGGGGCCCCUCGGAGCGGAGUGGGGACCGGCCCGCCCUCCCCCAUCGCCCUGCCGCCUCUCCGGGCCAGCAACGCUGCCGCCGCAGCCCACACGAUCGGCGGCAGUAAGCACACAAUGAAUGAUCACCUCCAUGUUGGCAGCCACAGCCACGGGCAGAUCCAGGUUCAGCAGCUGUUUGAGGAUAACAGCAACAAGCGGACAGUGCUCACAACACAACCAAAUGGGCUCACAACGGUGGGCAAAACGGGAUUGCCGGUGGUGCCCGAGCGGCAGCUGGAGAGCAUCCAUAGGCGGCAGGGGAGCUCCACCUCUCUGAAGUCUAUGGAGAGCAUCGGGAAGUUGAAAGCCACCCCUAUGACACCUGAACAAGCAAUGAAGCAAUACAUGCAGAAACUGACCACCUUUGAACACCAUGAGAUUUUCAGCUAUCCUGAAAUCUAUUUCUUGGGUCCAAACGCAAAGAAACGCCAGGGCAUGACAGGUGGGCCCAACAACGGUGGCUACGAUGACGACCAGGGAUCCUACGUGCAGGUGCCGCACGAUCACGUGGCUUACAGGUAUGAGGUCCUCAAGGUCAUCGGGAAGGGGAGCUUUGGGCAGGUGGUCAAGGCCUAUGACCACAAAGUCCACCAGCACGUGGCCCUGAAGAUGGUGCGAAACGAGAAGCGCUUCCACCGGCAGGCGGCAGAGGAGAUCCGAAUCCUGGAGCACCUGCGGAAGCAGGACAAGGACAACACCAUGAACGUCAUCCACAUGCUGGAGAAUUUCACCUUCCGCAACCACAUCUGCAUGACAUUCGAGCUGCUGAGCAUGAACCUCUAUGAGCUCAUCAAGAAGAAUAAGUUCCAGGGCUUCAGCCUGCCUUUGGUUCGAAAGUUCGCCCACUCAAUUCUGCAAUGCUUGGAUGCUUUGCACAAAAACAGAAUAAUUCACUGUGACCUUAAGCCCGAGAACAUUUUGUUAAAGCAGCAGGGUAGAAGCGGUAUUAAAGUGAUCGAUUUUGGCUCCAGUUGUUACGAGCAUCAACGUGUCUACACGUACAUUCAGUCUCGUUUUUACCGGGCUCCUGAAGUGAUCCUUGGCGCCAGGUAUGGCAUGCCCAUCGAUAUGUGGAGCCUGGGCUGCAUUUUAGCCGAGCUCCUCACUGGAUAUCCCCUUUUGCCUGGGGAAGAUGAGGGGGACCAGCUGGCCUGUAUGAUUGAAUUGCUGGGCAUGCCUUCCCAGAAACUGCUGGAUGCGUCCAAACGAGCCAAAAAUUUUGUGAGCUCCAAGGGUUAUCCCCGAUACUGCACUGUUACGACUCUCUCGGACGGCUCUGUGGUUCUCAAUGGAGGCCGUUCCCGGAGGGGGAAACUGAGGGGCCCGCCAGAAAGCAGAGAGUGGGGGAACGCGUUGAAGGGGUGUGACGAUCCCCUUUUCCUUGACUUCUUGAAACAGUGUUUAGAGUGGGAUCCUGCAGUCCGCAUGACCCCUGGCCAGGCUUUACGGCAUCCCUGGCUCAGGAGGCGGUUGCCAAAGCCUCCAACGGGGGAGAAGACGUCAGUGAAAAGGAUGCCCGACAGCACUGGUGCUAUCACAUCCAUUUCCAAGUUACCUCCACCUUCCAGCUCAGCUUCCAAACUGAGGACGAAUUUGGCACAGAUGACAGACGCGAAUGGGAAUAUUCAGCAGAGGACAGUGUUGCCAAAACUUGUUAGCUGAGCUGAGUCCCCUGAUGCUGGUAAUCUGAAAGAUACGAUAUUUCUGAGCCUUACUGGGUUGAAAAGGAGUAGCUCAGACCUGUUUUUAUUUGCUCAAUAACUCAACUCAUUUGUAUCUUUUCAGCACUUAUUUUAAUGUAAGAACGUUGUUCAUUUUGUUUUUAUAAAAUACAUGGGGACAAUGCUUUAAGUUUUUAUACUUUCUGAAACAUUUUGUGUUUUAAAGGUAUGAUGAGCCUUACUGUAUUUAGUGUGGCAGAGUAAUAAACAUCAGUGGCAGGCCAUUGAUCACUUCGUGACUGCUACACAUUUACAGAUCGGGGUCAGAGACAUUCACUAUGUUUUUAUGGUUCAGAGUAUAUUCUCCCCAGGGCGAUUGCCCCCAAAGGUCCCCCUUCUUUCUCCUUGCUCCUACAAAGGUGUAGCAUGUCCUGCUUCCGUUUUCCCUAAGUUAUCUGGGUGGUGUGAUGGUGGGAGGAGAGUGGUCAGGACAAAGAUGAUCUAAGAAAAACUCUUAGAGAUUUUUUUCCUAAAGUAGUGCUCAAAUACAAAAUAAAACCCACAAGGUUUAAAUGCCCAGUCAACAUUCUGACUUUCUAAAAGCUAGCCAAGCAGACCUGGUGGAUAAAAGGAAACGUGUGUUCCUCCAAAUUCUCUAAUAUGAUCCCUGAGCUGUUUUAUAGAAGCCUCAUAUUACAGGAUUGGUUUUGCACCUAAAUUUAGAAAUGUAUUCCAUGAACUGUUCCUCCAUUCUCUUUGCUUUUCUCCUCUCUGUUCCUCUUUUACCACACAUCUGUUGCUUGCAUUUAGUUUUUUGGGUUUUUUUGCUUCUUUCAAAUAUGUAUCCCAGACUUUAGUACAGAAGAGAGACAUUUCAGCUGUGGUUAUAACUAUUGUUUCAUAUCCCUACUUUAAAAAGAACAGCAGCCUAGCUACUCCAGGUGGGGAUUUCCAUAGUUCCAAAGAAGCUUUAGCCAGAUUAGAGGGAGUUCAUACCUCCCGGGUGCCACUGUAAGGUUCCCUUAGCCUGGGAAAGCAUCAACUCUUUCUUUAAAAAGAAAAAGGGUUGAAAAUCCUCUUGAUGAACAGCAGUCAUUGCCACUGUUCAGUGAGGCCAAUUUUAACAAGAAAUUUAAAGGAGGAAAAGUUCAACCUCAAGUUAAAUGGUUUGACUUAUUCUUUGCAUCAUUAGAAGAACCCCAGAAAUUGCAUUCCUCUAUUUUGGUUUACUUUGUUUUGUUUGGGAUUGCACUGAUUGUUUUUGUGGGAAUGACACUUUACCUGGAAAAGUAACUGACAGUAGGUAAAAGAAUAUUUUCUUCUCUAAGUAAUAAUUCUUUUCACAGUGAAAAUUUCAGUAUUUUAUCACUAAGGUAUGAGCAGAGAUAUAUAGCAAUUUCAAGGCACGUGGAAAAAGUCUUUUAGUAUGUGCAAUUUAAUAUAGAAAGAUUUCUGCCUGUUUGGACAAUAGGUUUUGGGUAGUAUAAUUAGGAUAAAUACUCUUUUAUAUGCACAAAUGUUAUUGUAUUGCCUGUAAAUUGAUUUACAAGUACUUAAAGCAUGGUCCCCAGUGAGGCCAAGAAAGUUUCUGGUUAAGUUCUUUUAAUAUUAAUCCUACAGUUUCUCUUACUUAGGAAAAAGUAGUUUUGAACACAACACUUAUCUUGAGGUUUUUUUUGUCAGCUGAUGGUGGAGAAAAAUGCUCAGGAAAUACUACAGAUAUUUGCCAAAAACCAGUAAUAAGAUUAGCUUAUUGAUAACGAUGGUGAUGUUGAUAUUUGCUUUACUAUUUAAGGGUGUCAUUGAUGAAUUAAUUUGUAUUUCUCUAUUUAGAAAUUAUAACUUCUUAACCCUAGCAGAUUCCUUAGCCUAUUGUACACAUUUCUGUGUAAUCUGUGGAAGUGCAAUAAUGUUAGUAAGUUGCAUUUGAAAUGAUGCUCUCAUGAUGAUACCCCCAAUCAGUGGCUUACAGAGUUUAAAGAUUGUGUAUUUAUUAUUAAAAUUAUGGCAUAAAGGCAUAAGAAGUGUUAAGACUCGGUGUGGUGGCUGCCUCUUAAUGAUGGUUAGCUCCUCUAGGUCAUGAAAAUGAAAACAAAGGCCGUUUUCCCCUUGCAAUGCUCUUCUGCGAUAUCCACUCAUUUUCACAUUAAGUUUAAAUAUAUGAACCUGAGCCUGCCAUUAAUAUGAAGUUCCCUGUAAGAUUAUUUUACCUGUGAAAACUUACAAAUGGACUAAUACUGCUUGUCUUUUCCCCACCACACAAAACUGAUUCAUAAGACGCCCACGAUGCAUUUGUGAUUAUCUUUAUUCACAGAUGUAACUGGAAACUUUUGAGCCAAACUAUAAUGUGCAGUGCUAUGGGACUCCCCUACCCCAACCCCCCAAAUACAGUGAAAUUUCCUUUAUUUAGAAAGGCUACCACUGUCAGUGUUUAGUGACAGAGCCACUGUGAAAAAACUCUAAAUUACAUCAAAAAAGGAAGAAUGUUGCAUCUUUGUGAUUUGAAAACACACCUAAAUGAAGGGCUCUGAUGGGCUUCUGGUUGCUGACUUGAAACAGUCCUUCGUCUCAGGUCUCACAGGUCAAGGGAUGUCGGAGCUGUUUUCAGAUUUAGGACUCGCGCAGUGUCGUCUCGUCUCCAGUGGCAGUCUCAUUUGGCUCCGCUUCUUGUCCCCCACAGUAUGCAUUGCCCCUUACGUGUACUGUUCCAAGAGUGGGACAGCAGAGUGAUGCAGGACAGUGCAGAUCAACAGUAGAGGAGAAAUUGUGCCCUUCGUGUUAACAAUGUGCCUUUUGUUCUGAAUGCCAUGUUGUAGGGCAUGCAUUUUUUGGCCUCUUUAACUCUUUGAAUACUAGGCAGUAAGGAGGGAUUCACCUCUGUAAAGAUAAACAUCUGUCUUAAAUAUCCAGUUACUUACAGGCCUUAACAGAAACCAUAAGGCAUGAAUCACCAUCAGGCACUGAAAAAGGUAACCAUUGGUUAGUUGCACAGGGAAUUCCUAUGUUUGAGGGGUUAAAGAUAGGCUUUGUUGUAUCUUAACAUCAGACUGGUUUUUUAAAUAUUUUUUUUGUUAUGUGAACACUAGACAAGAAUCAACUAUUUGUAAAAAUUUACCUCAAACCAUUUAAUUUUAUAGUGUAAUUAAUCCCAGGGCAUUUGGUAUGAACCAAAGUGCAUUCCUUUUAUAGUGCCUGGCUCUAGUAUGGACGGCCAGGGAUUUUUACAAUUUGGGUGCAAGGCACUUAAGCCACUUUUAAACUUAAUGGGUGGUUUGGAGUCGUGUGAAAGGACUCCAUCAGAAUGUUAGGCAACACUUCAGGCAUCAGUAGCAUUGGGCCAUAUUGGAAUCUUAAAAGCAUGAAUUAUUUUAAAAAGCAUUCAUUUUUGUAAUUUUUUUCAUCAGGAAUAUUUCUGGUAAGCAGAAGACUUUUUUUUAAAAAAAAAACUGAUUUGGUGGGUAAAGGUUUUAAUAUUGCCCAACAUAAUGCUGUGGUAGCAUUUAAAAAAAAGUAUUUGUGGACUCUCUUUCUUAGGGGCUUGUACAUCUCUCUGCUAUGGACAUAUAUAAAAUGAAUUGUAAUUAUACUCAGCUCAACUGCUACAGUUAUGUCUAGGCAGUGGCUUGGGUUUUUUAUCAAGCAACAACUUAGACAUGUGACUGUAAUAUGCUGCAACUGUGUGAACUGAAAAUCUGUGAAAAUGGUUGAAUGUGGACUGUGUACAUAUGUAUGUAAAACUUUCUGUGAGAUGCUGCUGUCGCCACUUAACAUGAAGUAUGUUCUAGUGGAUUUUAAUCCUAGUGGCCAGUUCUAUGAUACUGUAUGUAUUGUACAGCUGAUGACAGGAGUAAGACUGUUCAGUGAAUAUUUGUUAAAUUUUAUUGUCGUGGCCAGAGAUAAUUUCAGAAUAAAAUUUUAAUGUCCUACCUUA